GAAAAAGAAAAAAAAAGAAAAAGAUAAAAAAAAGAAAAAGCAACAUAUAAAACCCUAAAUAUCCAAAAACCCUUUUUCACUUCUAGUAUAAUAAAUUCCAAAAUUCCGGCUCCCCUUUUCCCAUUUCCCCCUGGUUUUUUCUUCAAUUCUUCUCCUCGUCUUUAAUUUCCCACAACAACACACUGUUCAGUCUUCAGAGAGUAGGUUAGAGUAAGUAGAUACAGUACCUUCAAAACCCCUCAAAAACCCGUCAUUUUUGUUGCUGUCUUUUUCACAAAUCUCAUACUUUUGGAGCAUCCCAAGUCUAAAAUAAGAAAAAUACAUGGAGUCUCGUGGGCCAUCUGCGCCACCAUCACACCACCUUCAGCACCACCUUCAGCAACCACAUCACCAGCAACAACAUCAGCAACACCAGCAACACCAGCAACAACAUCAGCAACACCACCCUCAUCAGCCACCCCCACCCCCACCACCUGGGAUGAUGUUACAACACCACCAUCAUAAUCAUCACCCUCAUCACCCAUCAAACUCUUCUUAUCCAACUGGAAACCUACCUAACUCAUCUUCAAACCCUCCUCAAAUGAUCGCAACUCCUAAUUCUUCUUCAUCCAUGCUUCAAAAUAAUCGAUUUCCUUUCAGUUCUCAAGUUGUUACAACUACUCCACCUCCUUCAAAGAGUCAUACAUCUGCUCUUGAACCCCUUAAUUCACCUUAUUCUGGAGAUGGGUCAUCUGGGUUAAGACAAUCUGGGUUUGGUAUUGACCCGAAUUCAAAUUCUUCACAGAAGAAGAAAAGGGGUAGACCUAGGAAAUACUCCCCUGAUGGUGGUGGCAGUAGCAUUGCUUUGGGUUUAGCUCCUACCCCUAUGUCUUCUUCUAUUGUAGGAAGUGGAAGCGGGAUUGCGGGUGGUGGUGGUGGCGGCGGUCAGGCGGAUUCGAGUGGUACAGCCCCGUCCUCGGAGAAUCCGUCAAAGCGACAUCGUGGUCGGCCCCCUGGUUCCAGCAAGAAGCAACUAGAUGCAUUAGGUAACUGUGGGGUUGGUUUUACGCCGCACGUUAUCUUGGUGAACGCUGGGGAGGACAUUGCAUCAAAGAUUGUAGCCUUUUCUAAGCAAGGACCUCGUACAGUUUGCGUUCUUUCUGCAAAUGGUUCCAUAUGCAAUGUGAGCCUCCGACAACCUGCAAUGAGUGGAGGUGUUGUGAACUAUGAGGGACGAUUCGAGAUUAUUUCUCUAUCAGGCUCAUUCCUGUUCUCAGAGAAUAGUGGUGGCCAACUACGGACAGGUGGCUUAAGUGUAUCACUGGCAGGAUCUGAUGGCCGUGUGUUGGGUGGUGGUGUUGCUGGGCUUUUGAUGGCUGCAACUCCUGUUCAGAUAAUUGUGGGUAGCUUCAUCGCAAAUGGGAAAAAGACAAAGUACAUGCCCUCAGUACCUCAGUCGCAUGUGCUGAGCUUUGCUGCCCCACCACUACCAGCAGCUGAUAGAUCUCCCUCCCAGGAGGUUUCUAGUGAAGGAUCUGAAGAGAAUGGUAGUAACCAUAUUGACAGGACCAUGGGAUCCUAUGGAAAUUCUAAUCAUCCUGUGCAUAAUAUGCAAAUGUACACUACUAUGGGUUGGCCUAACUCCGCUUCAAAGAUGCUUCAAAACUAAGGAGCGAGAUCGUCUUCUUGCUGUUCAAAGGCAGAUUUCAGAUUCUAACCGGCAGAGUCUAAAGCAGUAAAGCAUAUAUCCUAGAGUAGCUUUCUUCCUUUUACUUGCUUUCUCCUCAUCCGUUUUCUCUGUUAAUUAUAAUUUUAUUUAGGUGGUUCUGCAUCUUUUCAACGUAGGUAAAUGAGAUUUAUAUCUCCUGUGUUAAAAAAGGUGAUUUUUUUAGGCCCUGUUUGGCAUCUUUUGCACAUAGUCAUCAGUAUGAGGUUAAGUUUAUGUUUUCCAAUCUGAUGCCUUGGCCUUGGGUUUCCUCCUGACUUGAGAAGUGUAGUAGUACUCUUUUUUAGGAAUGAUUUUGUGUAACCCGGGUUUCGAGAUCAAAUUGAAUUUGAAUUGGAGUGUUGGAUGUUA